GGGACAGCGCUGAGCCGGGCAAGAGCCUCACGCCCAGGGAGAGCCCCCGUUCCCCCAGGACCCCCCGUUCGCCUCACGGCCGAUGAGACACCCCCCGCGCCUCUGCGGCUCCCCGCCCUUCUGUUGAGUCUUCAAGCCCAGGAGGUUCGGCAGCAUCUGAUGACCAUGAGUUUGACCCAUCGGCUGAUAUGCUGGUGCACGACUUCGAUGAUGAGCGCACAUUAGAAGAGGAGGAAAUGAUGGAAGGAGAAACCAACUUCAGAUCUGAAAUAGAGGAUCUCAACAGGGAGAGUGACAUGCCCAUCCAGGAGCUGCUGAGCCGCUACGGCUACGAUGGCACCGUGCCCCUGCAGGAGGAGGAGGAGGAAGAGGAGGAGGAGGAGGAAGAGGAGGAGGGAGAGGAUGAUGAUGAUGUCGAUAACGAUGACAACAGCGGCUGCAGUGGGGAGAACAAGGAGGAGACCAUCAAGGAUUCCUCAGGGCAGGAAGAUGAGACCCAGUCCUCCAACGAUGACCCAGCCCCGUCUGUCGCCUCUCAAGACCCCCAGGAGAUCAUUCGGCCCCGGCGCUGUAAAUAUUUCGAUACCAAUAGUGAAAUAGAGGAGGAAUCUGAAGAAGAUGAAGAUUAUAUUCCCUCAGAAGACUGGAAAAAGGAAAUCAUGGUGGGCUCGAUGUUUCAAGCUGAAAUUCCAGCUGGCACCUGCAAAUACAAAGAGAAUGAAAAAGUGUAUGAAAACGACGACCAGCUGCUCUGGAAUCCCGAUUUUUUACCCGAGGACAAAGUCGUCGAAUUCCUCAGCGAGGCCUCGAGGCGCACGGGAGAGGAGAAGGGGCUGGACGCAAUUCCCGAGGGGUCGCACAUCAAAGACAACGAGCAGGCGCUGUAUGAGCUGGUGAAGUGCAAUUUCGAUACCGAGGAAUCCUUACGCAGGCUGAGGUUUAAUGUCAAAGCAGCCCGAGAAGAAUUAUCUGUUUGGACAGAAGAGGAGUGCAGGAACUUUGAGCAAGGGCUGAAAGUCUACGGCAAGGAUUUCCACGUGAUUCAGGCAAAUAAGGUGCGGACGCGCUCCGUGGGGGAAUGUGUGGCUUUUUAUUACAUGUGGAAGAAGUCGGAACGUUACGAUUUCUUCGCUCAGCAGACCCGCUUCGGGAAGAAGAAGUACAACCUGCACCCUGGGGUCACGGAUUACAUGGAUCGGCUCCUGGACGAGAGCGAGAGCGCGGCCUCCAGCCGGGCGCCGUCCCCGCCGCCCACCGCCUCCAACAGCAGCGCCAGCCAGUCCGAGAGGGACGACUGCACCUCCGGCGGCACCCAGAACGGUGUCUCUGCCAACGGCCCAGGGGACGUGCCGGGGAAGGAGGAGGCGAAAGCCGAGGGGCUGCACGUGAACGGACCCUGCAGCGGGAAGAGAACGCCGCACACGGAGCUGGACACCAACGGCUACGAACCCGAAAACCUCCGCAGCGAGCCCAAAGCCGCUCCGGCGGCUCCCAGGAACGAGCCCGAGCUGGAGGAGAAGAGCGAGAGGCCUCUGAAAAGGAGGAGAGUGAACAGCAACGGGAAGGAGAGUCCGGGAGCUUCCGAGUUCUUCCAGGAGAGCAACUCGCACGGGAAGCUGGAGGAACUGGAAACUUUGGAUGACUGAGUGCUGGGAGCUGAUUUGAUUCCUUGGAGUACAUUUGGGGUGUCUAAAAUUUUCAGGGUUGAUGGGUUACCUUCCAAAAUCCAGUUCCGUAAACAAUCUGAGAUCGAUUUUUUUUUUUUUUUUUUUUUUUUCUCUCGUUUCCUGAGACCUUCUAGUCGGUUCUAAAGAUCCGAUAUUUGGGGUUUUUUUUUUCAGUGCUGAAAAGCAGCAGAAUACUGAAUUUUCUCAGAGCUGGGCAGCUGCAGUUCUGGGAUAAAAGGCUCUUAAAUAUUUAAGGAACAAAGCAGCGAGUUGCUGCAAAAAUAUUCCCGACCUAAUACGUUAAAGAAUGCGUUAAAUACAGCAUUUAAUGUACAAAACAGCAUUUAGUGGGUGUGCAAGUGAACAAAGCAUUCGGGGCUUUGCAGGAAGUUAAAAUAAAACAGGAAAAAGCCAAGACAGAGCAGGCACAGAGACUUCCACUCCUGCUGGAGAGAGGAAAAUGUCAUCCCAUCGUUAAGGAACCCUCAUGAAUCCUGAAAGUUAUGAGCACAACUAUUUUUAUAUAUAGAAGUUUUAAAAGGUAAAAUAAAUAAACCAGGUCAGGUUUGUCUAUGUAAAAUUGUUGACAUCAAUGAUGUCUUUCCAUAUUCUUUAUCUGGGCUAAAGAAAUACGUUCUGUAUUUUUCCAGAUUUCCUUUGUAGCCUUUGAAAGAUUUUUACAGUACUUAAUGUCUUGAUUGAACUGUCCUUUCUUAAAACAAAAGCUUGUAUAAUUUUCUUACCUUGUACAGUUGGUAAACUUUUAUGAGAGAGAGUUGAUAACCCUGAGUCUAACGUCAGCUUCCUUUUAUUUUGCUGAAGUCUUUUUCUAAAAAAAAAAAAAAAAAACCAAAACAAAACAAAACAAAAAACCCAAACCAAACCAAACCAAACCAAUGGACUUAAAAGUUAAUCACCAACUUGUUAAUUUUCCUGCCAGAAACUAGUAAAUAAUUAACAUAAGAAUGGUUAGGAGGCAUUUGAUUUUGGAAACGCGGUUGGUUGUUUUUUUCUUUCUCAUAACGACGUUUCGGUUUUUGUUAAGCACGCUGCUUGCACUGCACACAUCCCCUCGCUUUCUUCCUCCCUCGAUCUGGAACUCCGAGAAAUCUCCCUCAGAGAAAUCCUGGAGUCUGCUGAACCUCCUUCAAGCUGAGCCGUUUCCACCCUGCGCUGGUUUGAUUCCAGCCCGUGCCCUGCCACGCGUCGGGGAGCUGCUUGGAAAUGCAAAUCUCCUGCAAAACCCCGCUGGGAGCCGCGGCUGCCCUGCAAUUCCUGCACGGCUUCAGCGGGCAGAGGCGGAGAUGAUCUCAAAGGUCUUUUCCAGCCCAGAAAAUCCCGGGAUUCUGUGCUCACCUGGAGAAGGGAGAGCGGCAAUUUCCGACUGAGCUGUGGAGAACCGAUCUCAGAGUGAAAAACCAAAAAUUCCUCAUCGAGAAAUGGCAGGUGCCAGCAGCGGCACUGCAAAGUUGUGGAUGUAGGGUUUACAUCCGGCCAUCAGGAACGUUGGAAAUCCAGAUUCAUUUUGGUUUUGUUUGGUUGGUUGUUUUUUUUUUUACCCCCAGCCGGGCUCCACUUCUGCCCUGUUAAAAUUCGGGAUAAUCGUUCAUUUGUGUCAGUGAUGACCCCGUCUCCUCCUCCUCCUCCUCCUCCCAGCUGUGCUGUUCAUCCUGAACUGGUUAUUUUCUCUCCAGGUUUAUGCUCUUUCCGGUUCCAGUUGAACUGAGUGCUUUGAGAUGGAUGUUUCAGCCCGGACCCUCUGCUGAGGGCUUGGGCUGCUCUGCUUUCUCCUCCACGGAACUUUUCCUUGGACUCUGUGAUCAGGAACGAGCCAAAGCUCGGGAUGAGGAUGGGCUGUGGAUGCAGGACCAGCUCUGCCUGCCAGCCCUGCUCCUGGAGAGGCUCUGGCUGAGGUUCGUUAAUUAAGGCCUGUGUUAAUUAAGGAAUGCAGCGAUUAGUGCCGGAGGGCAGAGGUUGCUGUUAACUCUCCCCUCUGGUUGUGAGCGCGACCUGGAAGUUUGCCCUUAGCUCAAGGACGGUUCCACACAAGCAGAAUCCUCUUCUCACUUUUAUUUUGAUGCUCUUCGUUUGCAAGUUGGAAAUGCUUCCCAAAAAAUCCAUAGGAAAGUUUCCAAAUGAUUUGUCUCAGGCUCGUGUGUGAAAUCCAGCACUGUGUAUAUUUUCGGGAACGUUGCUUUGUUUUUUUUAUCUUUCCUUAUUUUAUUUUAUUUUAUUUGGUGAUACUUAGGAGAGACCUGACAUUCCAUAAUCCACUAUGUAAUGCUCAGCUAGACUUUUAAGAAUAUUUAAUUCUGAUUUACCUUUUGUUUAUGCUGGUGUUUUAUACAAUACUUUGUCCGUGUUUCGAACUGCAGCCACUAUUAACUCGAUAAGUCAUUGCACUACUAAAGCUAUCGAAAAUCCUGGAAAUCUGCUAACUUUGCUUUCAUUCUCCAAGCCUUCAGAACACUUGGGAAUCCAGUCCAGCAGGAAACCCUUGGCCUUCCCAAAGGGUUCAAUAAAAUCCCCACAAACACACAAACCCUACGGAUGAGUCGGAUACAUGGGGUUUUUUUCCCCACACGGUAUUUUGCACUGUCAGUAAUUCCCUCCUCUUACUCCCCUUCCCCGUCUGCAAUUCUGGAAAAGCUUAUUAAAGUAUUUUUAAACUGAC